CGCCAGAAAGGGGUGGAGCCUGAGCAAUGAGGUAAUCGGGGUAAACAGUGAAGAUGGCGGCGUGUGGCGCCGGACAGCGGCUGCCGGUCAUCAGCACGCCGACGACCAGCGGCCAGGACGCCAAGAAGCUCACCGACUUGCCCACCGAGGUGCUGGAACACAUCCUGUGCUUCCCCGCGCUCAAACAUGUCGACAUUUGCAACGUUUCCCGCUGCUGCCAGCGCCUUCACGACGUCUGCCACGGGCGCGGGAAAGUGUGGGGCCAUCAGUACAAACUCAGAUGGCCCAGGCUGCAGAGGUUCUACCCUCAGAACGAGAGCUGUGACUGGCUGCGGGAGUACAAGACCCGCCAUCGGGUGGGCAUACAGAUCCGCAGGACGGUGGAGUCCAUCUCCAAGAGGUUCUUCACGGAAGUUCCGUGCAUCGGACAGGUUCUGGGGGACAGCUUCGCCGAGAUCGAGUCCCUGGGCAUGCCCGAGCACUUCUGUGAGGACGAGCUGCUCUUCAUCCUGCGGGCCGACAAGAGGAAAAGUCUGACCCUGAAGUACUAUGCAAGGAAAAUCCUUUACUUCCUGAGACAGCAGAACAUCCUGCGCAGUCUCAAGACCUUCCUGGAGCAGCCCAAGGAGCAGCAGUCGGCGCUCGCAGGAGCGGUUCUGGUGGACCAGUACUGCAACCCGCUGGCUGACAUCACGCUGGAGGGUGUCCGGGCUCAUCUGGACCACCUGGGGGACAAAGUCAAGAAGACGCUGAGGCUGAAGAACACUUCUCAUCCCAGCCUGCGCUCGCCUCCAGGUCUGCCUCUGGAGGACUUGGAGCUGCAGCGGCAGGUCUUCUGGGCCCUCAACUCUGUGUUGUAUGAACAGCUGCAGUACAAGGGAGACCAGUCCGACUACUACAACCCUCUCAACUCCUACAUGCACCAGGUGCUAGAGCGCCGCAAGGGGAUCCCCAUCAGCCUCUCCAUCCUCUACAUGACGCUGGCCCAGAGCUUGGGGGUCACGCUGGAGCCCGUCAACUUUCCCAGCCACUUCCUGCUGCGGUGGCGGCAAAAACCACCAGGGAGCGAGGACAUUUACGACUUCGUCUACAUCGACGCCUUCGGGAAGGGCAAGCAGCUGACGGCCAGGGAGUGCGAGUACCUCAUCGGGCACCAGGCCGCCGCCGACGCCUACGCCGCCAUCGGCACCGCCGAGGUCCUGCUCAGGAUGGUGGGGAACCUGCUCAACAUCGGCAAACGAGGGGAGGGCAACGAGAAGUCCUACCAGCUGCUGAGGGACACCUUGGACCUCUACCUCACCCUCAACCCUGACAACGUCACCUACCUGCUGCUGCAGGCCCGCCUCUACUUCCACCUGGGCAUCUGGCCGGAGAAGGUGCUGGACAUCCUGCAGCACAUCCAGGCCUUAGACCCGUCCCAGCACGUGGCCGUGGGCUACCUGGUCCAGCACACGCUGGAGCACAUCCAGCACAAGAAGCACCCGGCCCAGCCCGAGGUCAAGACGCGCGGCGCCCCCGAGAACCUGGACGUGCGCUACUCCGUGGGCCUGGUGAUGAAACACAAGAGGUCCGGCUACAACUGCGUGGUGUACGGCUGGGACCCCCGCUGCACCAUGAGCCAGGAGUGGAUCACCACCAUGAGGGUCCAGCAGCUGACCCACGGCGCCCAGCAGCCUUUCUACAACGUGCUGGUGCAGGACGGCACCUGUCGCUACGCCGCGCAAGAGAACCUGGAGCCGCACGCCAGCCCGCUGGAGAUCGCUCACCCGGAGGUGGGUCGCUACUUCUGUGAGUUCGCCGACACGCACUACGUCGCCAACGAGGAGCUGAGCUCGCGAUACCCGGGAGACACGCAGGAGACGGCGGACACGGCCCGGGACCUUUACCGGGACCUGCAGCAAGCCACGCCCACAUAAAUUAAACACGCCCUAAACGUCACACACCUGGCGUCCAUGUGUUGUCACAGGACACUUCAUUAGGUACACUCGGCGUUUUGCUUUCUGUUUUUUUUUUUCCAUUGAUUUUUGACAUUAUUCUUAUUUUUAAUAAUACAUUUAUUUUUUUCAUUGUCAUCAACAAUACACUUAUUUUUAUAAAUUAUUUUUUAACAAUAUACUUAAAAAAAAUCUUAAUUUACACUUUUAAAACCAUAUUAAGUUAAAAAAACAAAAGUAUAUUGCUCAAAAUAUUUUUUUUUAAGUAUAUUGUUGAACACAAAAAUGAAGUAAAAAGGAAUAUUGUUAAAAAUGAUAAUACAAAAUUAAGUGCGUUAUAUAAUUUUAAAUUAUUUUACUUUUUUUUUUAAGUUUGUCAAAAUUAUUUUCAAGUUUAUACCUAUUUUUUCAGAUUUUUUUAACAAUACAUUUAUUUUUAAUUGUUAUUAACAAUACACAGAAUUAAAUUGUGUAAAGUAAAAAUUAAGUAAAAAAAAAAAUAAAGUAUAUAGCUGAAAAUAAUUUUUAAAAAGUAUACCGUUAAAACAAAAUUAAGUAAAAAGGUACAUUGUUAAAAAAUAAUACAAAAUUAUGUUGUUAACCAAUAAUUUAAAUGUUUAUUUUCUGAAACUAUAAAUGAAAAAAAUAUAUAUCAUGUAAUAUAAUCCAAAAUGUUAUAUUGAACAAUACACUAAUUUUUGUAAAUUAUUUUUAACAAUAUACUUAUAAAAGUAUGUUGCUGAAAUCAUUUAAAAAAAAAGUAUAUUGUUGAACACAAAAAUUAAAUAACAAAACAAAAUUAAGUAUUUUGUUAAAAACAAUAAUUUAAAUGGUUAUUUUCUAACAUUUAAAAUAAAUAAAAAUACAUCUUGUAAUAUAAUCCAAAAUGUUAUUUUUUAAACAGUACACUUAUUUUUGUAAAUUAUUUUUAACAAUAUAAUUGUAAAAGUAUGUUGCCGAAAUAAUUGUUAAAAAAUAUACUGUUGAACACAAACAUUAAGUAAAAUGCUACAUUGUUAAAAAUAAUACAAAAUUAAGUAUGUUGGUUAAAAACAAUCAUUUAAAUGUUUAUUUUCUAAAAUUAUCAAUGAAAUUAAAAAAACUAAGGUAAUAUAAUCCAAAAUUUUAUAUUGAACAAUACACUUAAUUUUGUAAAUCAUUUUUAACAAUAUACUUGUAAAAGUAUGAUGCUUAAAUAAUUUUUUUUUUAAAAAGUAUAUUGCUGAACACAAAAAUUAAGUAAAAUGAUACAUUGUUCAAAAUAACAAUACAAAAUUAAGUACGUUGUUAAAAACAAAAAUUUAUAUGGUUAUUUUCUGACACUUUAAAAUAAAUAAAAAUACAUCUUGUAAUAUAAUCCAUAAUGUUAUUUUUGUAAAUUAUUUUUAACAAUAUACUUGUAAAAGUAUGUUGCUCAAAUAAUUGUUAAAAAAUAUAAUGUUGAACACAAACAUUAAGUAAAAAGCUACAUAGUUAAAAAUAAUACAAAAUUAAGUAUGUUGGUUAAAAACAAUCAUUUAAAUGUUUAUUUUCUAAAAUUAUCAAUGAAAUUAAAAAAACUAAGGUAAUAUAAUCCAAAAUUUUAUAUUGAACAAUACACUCAUUUUUGUAAAUUAUUUUUAACAAUAUACUUGUAAAAGUAUGAUGCUGAAAUCAUUUAAGAAAAAGUAUAUUGUUGAACACAAAAAUUAAGUAAAAUGAUACAUUGUUCAAAAUAACAAUACAAAAUUAAGUAUGUUGUUAAAAACAAUAAUUUAAAUGGUUAUUUUCUGACAUUUAAAAUAAAUAAAAAUACAUCUUGUAAUAUAAUCCAAAAUGUUGUUUUUUAUCAGUACACUUAUUUUUGUAAAUGAUUUUUAACAAUAUACUUGUAAAAGUAUGUUGCUGAAAUAAUUGUUAAAAAAUAUACUGUUGAACACAAACAUUAAGUAAAAAGCUACAUUGUCAAAAAUAAUACAAAAUUAAGUAUGUCGGUUAAAAACAAUCAUUUAAAUGUUUAUUUUCUGAAAUUUUCAAUGAAAUUAAAAAAACUAAGGUAAUAUAAUCCAAAAUUUUAUAUUGAACAAUACACUCAUUUUUGUAAAUUAUUUUUAACAAUAUACUUGUAAAAGUAUGAUGCUGAAAUCAUAAAAAAUAAAAGUAUUUUGUUGAACACAAAAAUUAAGUAAAAUGACACAUUGUUCAAAAUAACAAAACAAAAUUAAGUAUGUCGUUAAAAACAAUAAUAUAAAUGGUUAUUUUCUGACAUUUAAAAUAAAUAAAAAUACAUAUUUUAAUAUAAUCCAAAAUGUUAUUUUUUAACAGUACACUUAUUUUUGUAAAUUAUUUUUAACAAUAUACUUGUAAAAGUAUGUUGCUGAAAUAAUUGUUAAAAAAAUAUACUGUUGAACACAAACAUUAAGUAAAAAGCUACAUUGUUAAAAAUAAUACAAAAUUAAGUAUGUUGGUUAAAAACAAUCAUUUAAAUGUUUAUUUUCUAAAAUUAUCAAUGAAAUUAAAAAAAAAACUAAGGUAAUAUAAUCCAAAAUGUUAUAUUGAACAAUACACUCAUUUUUGUAAAUUAUUUUUAACAAUAUACUUGUAAAAGUAUGAUGCUGAACUCAUUAAAAAAAAUAAAAGUAUUUUGUUGAACACAAAAAUUAAGUAAAAAGAUACAUUGUUCAAAAUAACAAUACAAAAUUAAGUAUGUUGUUAAAAACAAUAAUUUAAAUGGUUAUUUUCUGACAUUUAAAAUAAAUAAAAAUACAUCUUGUAAUAUAAUCCAAAAUGUUAUUUUUUAACAGUACACUUAUUUUUGUAAAUUAUUUUUAACAAUAUACUUGUAAAAGUAUGUUGCUGAAAUAAUUGUUAAAAAAUAUACUGUUGAACACAAACAUUAAGUAAAAAGCUACAUUGUUAAAAAUAAUACAAAAUUACGUAUGUUGGUUAAAAACAAUCAUUUAAAUGUUUAUUUUAUGAAUUUUUCAAUGAAAUUAAAAAAACUAAGGUAAUAUAAUCCAAAAUGUUAUAUUGAACAAUACACUCAUUUUUGUUAAUUAUUUUUAACAAUAUACUUGUAAAAGUAUGAUGCUGAAAUCAUAAAAAAAAAAAGUAUAUUGUUGAACACAAAAAUUAAGCAAAACGAUUCAUUGUUCAAAAUAACAAUACAAAAUUAAGUGUUGUUAAAAACAAUAAUUUAAAUGGUUAUUUUCUGACAUUAUAAAAUAAAUAAAAAAUACAUCUUGUAAUAUAAUCCAAAAUGUUAUUUUUUAAACAGUACACUUAUUUUUGUAAAUUAUUUUUAACAAUAUACUUGUAAAAGUAUGUUGCUGAAAUAAUUGUUAAAAAAUAUACUGUUGAACACAAACAUUAAGUAAAAAGCUACAUUGUUAAAAAUAAUACAAAAUUAAGUAUGUUGGUUAAAAACAAUCAUUUAAAUGUUUAUUUUCUAAAAUUAUCAAUGAAAUAAAAAAAACUAAGGUAAUAUAAUCCAAAAUUUUAUAUUGAACUCAUUUUUGUAAAUUGUUUUUAACAAUAUACUUGUAAAAGUAUGAUGCUGAAAUCAUUAAAAAAAAAGUAUAACGUUGAACACAAAAAUUAAGUAAAAAGAUACAUUUUUCAAAAUAACAAAACAAAAUUAAGUAUGUUGUUAAAAACAAUAAUUUAAAUGGUUAUUUUCUGACACUUUAAAAUAAAUAAAAAUACAUCUUGUAAUAUAAUCCAAAAUGUUAUUUUUUAACAGUACACUUAUUUUCGUAAAUUAUUUUUAACAAUAUAAUUGUAAAAGUAUGUUGCUGAAAUAAUUGUUAAAAAAUAUACUGUUGAACACAAACAUUAAGUAAAAAGCUACAUUGUUAAAAAUAAUACAAAAUUAAGUAUGUCGGUUAAAAACAAUCAUUUAAAUGUUUAUUUUUUGAAAUUAUCAAUGAAAUUAAAAAAACUAAGGUAAUAUAAUCCAAAAUUUUAUAUCGAACAAUACACUCAUUUUUGUAAAUUAUUUUUAACAAUAUACUUGUAAAAGUAUGAUGCUUAAAUCGUUAAAAAAAUAAAAGUAUUUUGUUGAACACAAAAAUUAAGUGAAAUGAUACAUUGUUCAAAAUAACAAAACAAAAUUAAGUAUGUUGUUAAAAACAAUCAUUUAAAUGGUUAUUUUCUGACAUUUAAAAUAAAUAAAAAUACAUCUUGUAAUAUAAUCCAAAAUGUUAUUUUUUAACAAUACACUUAUUUUUGUAAAUUAUUUUUAACAAUAUACUUGUAAAAGUAUGUUGCCGAAAUAAUUGUUAAAAAAUAUACUGUUGAACACAAACAUGAAGUAAAAAGCUACAUUGUUAAAAAUAAUACAAAACUAAGUAUGUUGGUUAAAAACAAUCAUUUAAAUGUUUAUUUUCUGAAAUUAUUAAUGAAAUUUAAAAAAAAUAAGGUAAUAUAAUCCAAAAUAUAUAUUUUUUAAAAAUAUAUGUUAUUUUGUUUUAAAAUAGAUACAUUUUUAAAUGAUUAACAAUACACUUAUUUUGGAAAUGGUUUAACAAUAUUCUACAUUCUUAUUUUCAACAAUAUUGUUUUAAAAAAAGUACAUUGUCAGAAAUCAUUUUCAAAAGUUUUUUAAGAAUACACCGACUUUCAACAAUGUAGUUUAAACUUUUUUUUUUUGAAAAGUGUUGUUAAAAAAUAAUUAGAAAAAAGUUUAUUGUAGAAAAUAUUUUUUAAAAAGUAUAUUGUUAGGAAAAGAAGUUAUAUUGUUAAACAAUACAAAACAAAUAGAUCACUUCCUGAUGGCGUCACAGCGCCGCCCAGUGGUGACCGGAAGUGACGCACUUGUGAUCGAAAUAAAAUAGUUAACAUAUCACAUUUUAAAGCAAAAUAAACAAUUUUAUGGCACAAAACUUUCCUGUAGAAAAAAAAACAAUCUGUGGAGUUUAAAGUGAGAAGAAAUGUCUAUUUAGUUGACGCCGUCGCGGUGUACCUAAUCAAGUGUCCCACACAAAAAGAUGGCGGAAGUGAAGAAAAAAAGAAAAAAGUUCCGUCAAACAAAACAAAAGAAAUCUCACACUCAAGCAUUUUUUUUUAUCUUGUUUUGUUGCCGUCAUAAUUCUUAUUUACCGACCGUCUCUUCAAAAGUCUUUUCACAAUAAAAGCGCAAUAAAAGUCUUA